GGAUGGCAGCAUUGGGAAGCAUUUGGAGCAGCCCAGGAGGGAGGAGGGAGCAGUGAAGGCAUCAGGCUCCAGUACAACACACGUGACAAACCUGUUUACCAGAAACUAUAAAACGAACAACACUGUCAGGCUCAGAGAGAGGGAGAGCAAGGAGUGCUGUCCCGCAAUUGGGGACUUGGGCGGACAGUCAUCGCGGGAGCUGCUGGAUCUGAGGAGACUCCCUGAAGCUGUGGCUGACAUCGGCAGCUCCCAGACUCCAGACACUGUCGGAAUGGCCACUGAGCUGUUCAGCAAACAGCAGACCAUCCAGCUCCGCCACAAACACAUCGGGCCAUCAUGCAAGGUGUUCUAUUCAAAGGACCCACUCAAGAUAAUCCGUGCCCAGGGCCAGUACAUGUAUGAUGAGAAUGACACACCAUUCUUGGACUGCAUUAACAAUGUAGCUCAUGUGGGACAUUGUCACCCAGACGUGGUGCAAGCUGCUGUCAAGCAGAUGGAACUGCUGAACACAAACUCUCGUUUCCUGCAUGAUAAUCUCGUCCAGUACGCUAAACAGCUCACUGCCACCCUCCCCCAACAACUUGCAGUUUGCUACUUUGUCAACUCAGGAUCCGAAGCUAAUGAUCUUGCUCUUCGAUUGGCUCGUCAGUAUACAGGUCACUAUGACAUCAUUACCCUUGACCAUGCUUAUCAUGGACAUGUAACGUCUUUGAUAGAUAUCAGCCCCUAUAAAUUUCAAGAGCUCCCUGCUGGAGGGCAGAAGGACUUUGUGCAUGUUGCACCAUCCCCAGAUACCUAUAGAGGAAAGUACAGAGAAAACCAUCCCGAUCCAGCCUCAGCCUAUGCAGAUGAAGUAAACUCGUUAAUUCAAGAUGCACAAAAGAGAGGCCGCAAGAUGGCUGCGUUUAUUGCUGAAUCCAUGCAGAGUUGCGGAGGUCAAAUAAUCCCACCAGCUGGCUACUUCCAGAAAGUGGCAGAAUAUGUGCAUAAUGUGGGAGGAGUGUUCAUAGUCGAUGAAGUCCAAGUAGGCUUUGGCAGAGUCGGGAAACAUUUCUGGGCUUUCCAGUUGCAAGGAGAGGACUUUGUUCCAGACAUUGUCACCAUGGGCAAACCCAUUGGAAAUGGUCAUCCCAUGUCCUGUGUGGUUACAACCAAGGAAAUUGCAGAAGCAUUUGGAGCAUCUGGUCUUGAAUAUUUUAACACAUUUGGAGGUAACCCAGUCUCAUGCGCUAUUGGUCUGGCAGUCCUGAACAUCAUCGAGAAGGAGGAUCUCCGUGGGAAUGCAACCAGAGUAGGAAACUAUCUGGUGAACUUACUGAAAGAACAACAAGCCAAACAUCCGCUUAUUGGGGAUGUCAGAGGUAUUGGAUUUUUUAUUGGAGUUGACCUGGUGAAAGAUCGAAAGAAGAGAACACCAGCCGAGGCGGAAGCACAAUAUAUAAUCUACAGACUCAAGAAAGAAAAGAUAUUGCUGAGUGCUGAUGGGCCACAUCGAAACGUUCUGAAAUUUAAACCACCAAUGUGUUUUACUAUGGAGAAUGCCAAGUUUUUGGUAGAAAAUAUAGACAAAAUUCUCUCAGAUCUUGAGAAAGGAACCAGAGUGGGAGUUCCAAAUGAGCUGAAGACAGUGGAAAAUGGGAGUCCAUUGACCCUCAGUGGCACCAAGAGAAAGGCUGCCCAUGCCAGUGUCCCUGAGUCGAGUAACAGCAGCAUAAGUGAACCCCACCAGCCUGAAGCUUCACAGAGCGAAGAAUCGCCAGAUGGAAAAGGUAGCCACUGCAGCAGAACUGCUUGUGGACAACAACAAAGUUCCUGUCGCAGUGAAACUGGUGUGGUGUCACACAAAAGGAUUAGGACAUGAACUGCAAGCUGUGGUAUUCUGGUCCUCUUUGCAUGUUGUCACAUCCUUGGCUGCCAUGAAAGGGUCUAUCACACAUUGGCACAUGCGCCAUUUAGAUUCAGCCCCUCCAAGCUUUUAACAAAGUUUUUUUGUUUUUAUUUUAAUAGGUAUGCAUGUUGACAAUUAACUAUCGCUGGAAUCUCCUUUCAGGUUUUCCCCAGUCCGGAACCAAUUAGGUAGGGUGACCUAGAUUUCUACUGAAGUUAAUAUGGUCAAUCAGGAGGGAAUUACAAUCCUGACCGUCUCCUUCUUCUCCCAAAACACCCAAGAAAAUCCUAUAUUUUUGAAUAUGAAGGGAUUCUAAUUUAUUUCAAAAGUUAUUUGUAAGGAUCUAUUUUGUAAAAAAAUAUUUUGACUGUGACUUUGCCCACUUGUCUGCAUGAGUGCGGCUUCAACAACAUUCAAAAAAGCUUGAUACCAUCCAAGAUCAAGCAGCCCACUGGAUUGGCAUUCUGUCCAUCAAUUUCAAAACUCUCUCCCUUUACUACUGAGGCAAAGUGGCAUCUACAAGAUAAACAAUUCACCGAGCUUCCUUCAGUAGCACCUACCAAGUCCAUCUGGCUGCCAUCUAGAUGGACAAGGGCUACAGAUGGAUGGGAGCACUCUGACCUGCAAAUUCCACUCCAAGUCACACACCAUCCUGACUUGGAACUGCGUUGCUAUCCCUUCACUGGGCAAGAUGGUGAUCCUCCCUUCCUUAUAACCAGCCCUGCAGCAGUUCAAGCUUGUAACUCAUCACCACCUGCUCAAGGAUAAUUGUGGGUGGACAAUAAAUAGUGACCAUGCUGGUGAUGCCAGCGUCCUGUAAACAUCUUUUAAAUAUAAAGUGCCAGAUCCCUGAUUGUGAAUUUAAACUAAAUACAUGUUCCUUGAGGCUCCAUGGUAUGCAGCCACGUGACGUGAGGCAUGGCAAUUUGAAGAUGAAGUUUUAAUGAAGAAAAUAACAUGUCAAUGUUUUGACCUUAAAAUUUAUAUAGGAUCUAUUAAAAUAAUAUAAAGUUAUGUCUAACUAGUCACUUUCUACUUGAUGAUACAAACAGAAAUUUAACUUGCAUUUUAUAAAAUUUCUUUUAAAAAAAGUUUAUUAUGGAUAAUUGUGAUUUUGUCAGCUAUUUAAAUCAGCUUUCUUAACAUCAGUUUGGCUAUUGAUUGUAAGAGGAGAAAGUAAGGAUGUUGUAAAGUACUAAAGAUAUGUAUCUGAAGUUGGUUUUUAGUGGAAUAUGUUUAUUUUUCAGAGGUUUAAAUCAAAUGUCUAUAGAAAUGGUUCUUCAGGUAUUAGGAAUUCCAACUCAAAUCAACCAAACUUUCAAAACAAUUCUCCAAUUUUAAUCAAACUAUAUUAAAACAAUUCUCAAAUCUGUAAAACAAGAAAAUACGCAAGCAAUGAAACGCUGAGCUGCAGGUUUUUAGCUCUCCACAUGGUCGCAGAGCAGAUUUAUUCUGAUGGAUACACUACAGAUCCUGUCGAAGGUCCUGAUACACUAACAAUGCAGUAAUUUCCUGGGAAGUUGUAACUUCUGAAGGUCAGUUACCCAGUGUCUGCAACCCGUUGUAAAAGUACCCAGCUCAGAGCUGGAGUCAGAGGGGUCUAACUUAGCUGAAUAGUUGUCCGAGAAAUGUUUGAGAGAUCAAACCUGCUCUAACUGUAGGUCUGCCAUACUAUGCCCCUCCCCCAAUAGAGACCUGACCCACCUACUUUCACCCACUUACCUGUGAGACUAUCACCUCACCCAUUCACUUCACACACAUACCUUCUCAAAGUGCCUCUUGGGGCCUUUUAAUCCUGGUGUAUGCCAGUUACUGCUGUAGGCAGGGAAUGUGCUUGAUCAGCAGCACGGGUAAGCUCAUGGCUCAUACAGGUGACACCUCCUUUCCCUAACUUACUGGCUUCACAUUAUCUACCUGCAGAGACAUAGGGUGAAAUUUGCUGCCCUCCAUGAAUCUGAAGUGGGAAAGCUCACAGGCUGCCUUCCCACAAUGCUGCUGAUUGAUGCCCUUGAGGGGGAAAACCCAACAAAACUUGGAAAUUACAUUAUCUGGUGUGAAAAUGGAAUGCCAGUACAUUUAUUUCUAAGUUUGACUUCUUUUUCAAUUAAUGCUCUCAGAAGAGAACUCCUCCGGCCAUUGCUGAUAUUCAGCCAGCACCAGCCCAGCAUUCACUGUGUGGGGUUCUCAGAAGGCAGGAUUUCUGCCCUGGGAUCUUUUCACUUGAUACUGGUGAGGCCUUCUCUAAAAAACGCAAUAUUAGCAUGUUGCCAACUCUCUGAUUGUGGGUGAGACAACAGUCAUCUGGAUUCAAUACUGCUAGUACUCUCGUCUUCUUGUCAUUUUAAAUUGUUCAAUUAAUCUUCCUGAUAUGUUAUGCUUUUCUAGAGUAAAAGAAUCUAGCUCUAUAAGUCUGUCAAGAUAACUAAAGGCCUUUAAAUAAAGGAUAAAUCUCGUAAAGCUUUGUAUUAUCCAGACCCUCUAUAUCACCAUGUCAUUUGAGUCCUCUUUAGCGACCAAACUAUAAAUGAGUACCAUGUUGGACUGUAAUGCAAUAUAAAUGCCUGUAGGUUUACAAAAUUCUUCAUUAAUGCCUCACUCACCUCUAUAAAUGCAAUAGGAGCUUUUAAGGUAGCAUUAAUAUUUUAUUCUUCCGAUUAUGCAAUC